AUGUCUGAGCUCGAGAUUAGAUUCAAGAAGGCCGCGUACCUGAUCCGCAAUGGCCCGCCGAAUCCCAAGGCGACCACGGAGGAGAAGCUCAAGUACUACUCCUACUUCAAGCAGGCCACGGAGGGCGACGUGAAGGGAUCCCAGCCGCUGUUCAUUCAAUUCGAGGCGCGGCAGAAGUGGGACGCGUGGAACGCGAUCAAGGGCAUGUCGGCGGAGGAGGCGAUGCAGAAGUAUAUCGAUCUGCUCGCCGCCGACGACCCCAACUGGGAGUCGCACCCCGUGCUCGCCGACUUCAAGCCCGAAUAA